GCUGAUAGAAGAGUUGGCAAGCGUUCAAUGGAUCAGAGAGGUUCUUCAAAACUGGACUCUGGGACAUGUAAUGUUUGUUCUGCUCCCUGUUCAUCAUGCAUGCAUCGCAACGUAGGUUUCACAGGAUCAAAGUUGGACGAGUCAUCAGAUGAAAACUGCCAUGGAGUUGCUGGUAGCCAGUGUUCUGUAAACGAGGACGGUCUUUUGCCUUCUUCCGUGGUUAAUGCUCGCAACAGUUCAAAUAACACUGCUAGUGAAGCAAGCAACCUUGCUAACUCCAGUCAUGAUGCUCUCUCUGAGAGUGCCGAGAGUAAGGAAACUUCAAAAUGUUCUGGAUUGUCGGAUGAUUCCCGAGCUGCUGCAAUGAUUUCGAAGACAUAUCAAUCUGGGAGGAGGAUGAAAAAUAAAGUGAGUGCAUCAGCUAAUGUGUUGGAUCAGAGCUCUAACUGUAUAGAGGGCCAGGAAGAUGGGAUAUUGUCUGAUGAUCGAACCAAAAAAUUGAAUUCAGGUUAUCCUAGUAACAAGAUAGUCGACAAGGGUUCAGCUGAUGGUUCAUCUCUGGUUUCUGAUCCAAUUCCGGGUGGAUCUAGAAAAGGUGAAGAUUCCACUAUGGUAAAAUGUUCGAAUGUUCUUUCAAAUGAUGUGAAAUCACAAUCUUUGCACAAUCCAUCAUCCAACCAUGAAGACAGAACCAGUUCAGAGCGAGGAAAUUUCAAGGAAAACUUAGGACCAGGGGGUAACAAAGGCAAAGAGGAACCUUCUGGGCAGAACGGGAAGGAAGGGAAGUCAAGUAAAAGCGCUUCCUUCAAUAAAUCAAAUGAGUCAAUCUCGUCAGCUACGUCUGAGAGCGAGAGUGAUGAUUCUGAAAUGGUGGAACAUGAUGUAAAAGUUUGUGAUAUCUGUGGAGAUGCGGGUCGUGAAGAUUUACUCGCAAUCUGCAGCGGAUGCAGUGAUGGUGCAGAACACACCUAUUGCAUGCGGGAGAGGCUCAAUGAAGUUCCUGAGGGUGAUUGGCUCUGUGAAGAAUGCAAGUUUGCUGAGGAAGCAGAGAAACAGAAGCAAGAAGCUAAGAGAAAAAAAGAAACUGAGGCAAUCCUCAAUACACAUAGCUCAGGCAAAAGGCAUGCAGAUAAAACUGAGGCGGCUCCAGAUGCUAAAAGACAGGCGGUUGACAGUUCGACUGGGUCACCCAAGAAAUCUGUUCUCCCCAGAAUAGGUGCGUUAUCGCGGGAAACAUCAUUCAAGGGCUUAGACAGGCCAAGGGGAAAGCUUAAUCAUCAAUCAUCUUUCAGUGAUGACACAGAAGCUGCACGAUCUACUGGUUCACAGCUUCAACCUCCAAAAGGUGCAUUUUUGAAAUCCAGUUCCUUCAAUUGUUCGAGCUCGAAACCUAAAGUGCAACUUAUGGAGGAUCUUAUUCUCCCGAGAAAGAAGACUGUGAAAGAAUGUACUUCUCUUGAUAUAAAGGAAGGUGUUUCCAGAAAUGUAGGCAAAUCAUUGUCAAGUAGAACUACAGAUGCUGGGAGUUCUAGUGGAAACGAUUCACAAGCAAAAACGCUUGGAUCGAAAGUUUAUCAUUCACAAGAAGGUAAAAGCUCCAAGCAACUGAAAGAUCGUAGUACGGAAGCUAAUGCGUCAUCCCCCACCGACCAGAAGCUUACUUCACGCAGCAAUUCGUCUACUUCAUUUGCAAACAAUACCCGUGAUUUGAAGGGUUUGCAGCCUGAUGGUAAAAGAGGUGGCUUGACGAAGCAAGUUAGCAAUCUAAACCGAAAUCGUCAAGAAAAUCUGGUUGCUUCUGGAGGUGAUAUUUCCACAAAUGAAAAGUGCGAGCAAAGUUCAAGUCAAGCGGAUUGUAAGGAUGAACUGCCAUCCACUUCCUGCGCGGGUGAGGGUGUGCCAAGCAAUGGUAAUGUAGCUUCGCAGGAUGGAUUACUGCGUUCCAGGGAAUCUAGAGAGGCCGUGAAGAAAACCAAAGAAGCCUUUGUUAGGCGCCAAAAGGCUAGCGUGUUAUCUGGUGCAAAAGGCUUACCAGCAUCUCAAAAGGGAGGCCAGACUGCAGAAUCUAGUGACACCUCAGGCGUUUCUGAUAUUGAUCUCUCUACCACAAAAAAUGCUAGGGAGGACAUUAACAAGGGUAAUAGGUUGCGAGCAGCAGUAGAUGCUGCUCUCCGUAAAAAGCCCAGCUUUAGCAAGAACAGAGGAUUGGAGCAGUCUGAUGUGUCUUUGGUAUCUAAUGUGGACUCUAGUUCUGAUAAGACUUUACGAAACCAAUUGCCUUCAAAACUGCAUAAGAGCUAUGUGCCACACGAAGGAUUGCACGGGGGGCAUCCGACUUUAUGGCCUGCUUCUGACCCUUACAAACAGACAGUAGUAAUACAUGAGAAGCAGCCUGUACUCUCUGGUGCUGAUGCGAUGCCUCCACGAUCUGUGGAACCUGAAGUUAAUUUUCCCUCUGUGAAGCCUGUGAUGAGAGAUUGGCAACUAGUAGCCCCACCUGCUCUGUUGAGAAGCUCAGCCAUUCCAGACCAUGAAGGGAACUUGGAGGUGCGGAAAACUAGAUAUCAGUCGGCUGUGCAUAACGGAAUGCAAGCACAUCUAUCAACCUUAGCAUCGCCCAAGGUUGCGGAAGUAGUGAAUAAAUUUCCAGAAAAGUUUAGCUUGAGUGAAGUACCUCGGCUAAGUACAUGGCCUGCACAAUUUCAAGAUAUAGGUACUAAGGAAGACCAUAUAGCUCUAUUCUUCUUUGCAAAGGAUGUUGACAGUUAUGAGAGAAAUUAUAAGCCCCUGGUGGAUAACAUGAUCAAGAAAGAUUUAGCCUUGAAAGGAAACCUCGAUAAUGUUGAGCUUUUGAUUUUUGCAUCCAACCAGCUACCUCCGAAUUGCCAGCGUUGGAAUAUGUUAUACUUCCUUUGGGGUGUAUUCCGAGGAAGAAAAGAGAUCAGCACUAACCCACAAAAGCUCACAUCUUUGCCUAGUUCAAAUGUUUUGCCGCGUGACCAAGACCCCAAUGACUUGUGCCAAACGAGUUCUCAUUCCAAGCAUUUGGAGAAAGCGUCUUCUCGACGUGAGAGCUCACACAACAUAAUUGAAACUCAAAAUAGGACUGAUGUAUUUAGCCAUGAGAAUCCAAGCGACAGAGAAUCCUCAAUCGAGCGCUCAUCGAGCACAAAGGAGGAAAUUGCUCGUAAAGAGGAGGAACCAGGUGCGAAUCAUAUUCCUUGUCCAGCCACUGGAUCCAAUUCUGGAGAUUGUUUGGUGAAGAAGGUUCAGCAAAAUGAAGAGCAAGAACUAGGUGGUAAAAAGGAUCUGCCUUUGAAUGUCACGGGCUCAGAGAUCCAACCCCAUGGCCAAGACAAUCCUCCAGAGAAAGAUGUCAAUUUUAAUCAGGCUAAUCACAGGAAGCGUCCACUUUGGGAACUGACAAGAUCCUCCACCGAGAAUUCCUCUGCCGUGAACCAGAAAUUGGAGCUCAAAGAUGAUGGUUUAUGUGAAGGAUCUCCGAGUAAGAAGCCGAAGACAGAAAACGAAAGCAGCAGAGUUUCCCUGGAUGCAUUUGGUAAUGAUUCCGGGAUCAUGAAGAAGACUCCCAAAGUCGUGUUCCCUUUGGACUUGAAUGCGGAAAGAGAAGAAGACAUUGAAAUGGAGGAUGAUUUCAUUCCACUUGGAAACAACAACACCAACGACAACGAGAGACGGUUAAGCGGUACUACAGUCCCGAAUCUGGAGCUGGCAUUAGGAGCUGAAGAAACGACACAAGACACUAUGGGACUAUUGCCUUUCUUAGCGGGAAGAACAAACUCUGGUGAACAAAGUAGUCAUAGUAUGAAUAAAGAAAAAGAGAAAGAAGAAGAAGACGAUGACGCAGGGGUGGCUGCUUCUCUCUCCUUAUCACUCUCAUUUCCGGGCGAGGAGAGGAAGAAUGCGAAUCCUCCGUUGUUUCUCUUCAGAAACAUUCCCAGAAAAUAA